CACCAGAUGCAAUGAGCUCUGUUUAAGAACCGGCAGGAUCUGCAUUGGGGAGCAAGCAGCCCCCCCCCACCAGGAAGUCAGAAAGGCAACCAGGAGGGAUACUUGGCGUUUUCAGAAGACUGUUGCAUCUACACAGUGGAAGUCAAAUUUUGUGUAUGGCGUGGUUAAGGUUGCAGCCUCUCACCUCAGCCUUCCUCCACUUUGGGCUGGUUACCUUUGUGCUGUUUUUGCAUGGUUUGCAGGUGGACGCUGGCAUAACGGGAGAGUCUCUAAGUACAGGACAAAACAGUUCGUGCUCAGGAUCUUCCGAUUGCAAGGAGGGUGUUAUCUUGCCAAUAUGGUAUCCAGAAAACCCAUCCCUUGGGGACAAAAUUGCCAGAGUUAUUGUUUAUUUUGUGGCACUUAUCUACAUGUUCCUCGGAGUCUCCAUCAUUGCAGAUCGUUUCAUGGCAUCGAUAGAGGUCAUUACAUCACAAGAAAAAGAGAUUACAAUCAAGAAACCAAAUGGGGAGACCACCACGACUACCAUUCGGGUUUGGAAUGAAACUGUUUCCAACCUGACCCUGAUGGCUCUAGGUUCUUCUGCUCCUGAGAUUCUUCUGUCAUUGAUAGAGGUAUGUGGCCAUGGAUUCAUAGCCGGAGACCUGGGGCCCUCUACCAUUGUUGGCAGUGCGGCUUUCAACAUGUUUAUCAUCAUAGCCAUCUGCGUUUAUGUGAUCCCGGAUGGGGAAACCAGAAAGAUAAAACACCUGAGGGUGUUCUUUGUCACAUCUGCAUGGAGCAUCUUUGCUUAUAUCUGGUUGUACAUGAUCCUUGCCGUCUUCUCUCCAGGUGUGGUGCAGGUCUGGGAAGGCUUGCUCACGCUGUUCUUCUUCCCUCUUUGUGUCCUCCUGGCUUGGGUGGCAGAUAGAAGGCUGCUCUUCUAUAAGUACAUGCACAAAAAGUAUCGUACUGACAAGAACAGAGGCAUUAUCAUUGAGACAGAAGGUGAACACCCUAAGGGAAUAGAAAUGGAUGGCAAGAUGAUGAACUCCCACUUUCUGGAUGGAAAUUUAGUAACUAUGGACGGGAAAGAGGUAGAUGAAUCUCGCAAAGAGAUGAUCCGGAUCCUUAAGGAUCUGAAGCAAAAGCAUCCAGAAAAGGACUUGGAUCAGCUGGUAGAGAUGGCCAACUACUAUGCCUUAUCUCACCAGCAAAAGAGCAGAGCUUUUUACCGCAUCCAAGCUACCAGAAUGAUGACUGGAGCUGGCAACAUUCUGAAAAAGCAUGCGUCCGAGCAAGCCAAGAAAAGCACCAGCUUGCAUGAGGUGCAGGCAGAUGAACCUGAGGAAUUCAUCUCCAAAGUUUAUUUCGAUCCUUGCUCCUACCAAUGUCUUGAGAACUGUGGUGCUGUCCUCCUGACGGUGGUGCGGAAAGGGGGCGACAUGUCCAAGACCCUCUAUGUGGACUACAAAACGGAGGAUGGCUCUGCCAAUGCUGGUGCUGACUACGAGUUCACAGAGGGAACUGUGGUCUUGAAGUCAGGGGAGACCCAGAAGGAGUUCUCUGUGGGGAUCAUUGAUGAUGACAUCUUUGAGGAAGAUGAGCAUUUCUUCGUGCGGCUUAGUAACCUCCGCGUGGUUGAGACUGAGGGACCUGCCGAGCUCAACAAUUUGCCAUACCCAAAGGCCAUACUGACUUCUCCUUGCGUGGCCACAGUGACUAUCUUGGAUGAUGACCACGCGGGCAUCUUCACAUUUGAGUGUGAUGUGAUGCAUGUCAGUGAGAGCAUUGGCGUGAUGGAAGUCAAAGUCCUUAGGACAUCAGGUGCUCGAGGUACAGUCAUAGUCCCAUUUAGGACAGUAGAAGGGACAGCAAAAGGAGGUGGAGAGGAUUUUGAAGAUGCUUAUGGGGAGCUGGAGUUCAAGAACGAUGAAACGGUGAAGACCGUAAGGGUUAAAAUAGUAGAUGAGGAGGAAUACGAAAGGCAGGAGACUUUCUUCAUUGCCCUUGGUGAACCGAAAUGGAUGGAACGAGGAAUAUCAGAAGUGGCAGAGAGGAAGCUGACCAUCGAAGAGGAGGAAGCCAAGAGGAUUGCAGAGAUGGGGAAGCCGGUGUUGGGCGAGCAUCCCAAACUAGAGGUCAUCAUUGAGGAGUCCUAUGAAUUCAAGAGUACCGUGGACAAGCUGAUUAAGAAGACAAACCUGGCUUUGGUUGUAGGGACACAUUCCUGGAGGGACCAGUUCAUGGAAGCCAUUACUGUUAGUGCAGCGGGUGAUGAAGAUGAGGAUGAGUCUGGUGAGGAGCGCCUGCCAUCCUGCUUUGACUACGUCAUGCACUUCCUGACCGUCUUCUGGAAGGUGCUCUUUGCUUGCGUGCCACCCACAGAGUACUGCAAUGGCUGGGCCUGUUUCGUGGUGUCCAUCAUGAUCAUUGGCAUGCUCACUGCUGUCAUUGGGGACCUCGCUUCCCACUUCGGCUGCACCAUUGGCCUCAAGGACUCGGUGACUGCUGUUGUCUUUGUGGCCUUUGGCACCUCAGUACCAGACACUUUUGCCAGCAAAGCAGCCGCCAUCCAGGAUGUGUAUGCUGAUGCUGCCAUCGGCAACGUCACGGGCAGCAAUGCCGUCAACGUCUUCUUGGGCAUCGGACUGGCAUGGUCCGUGGCUGCCAUCUACUGGGCUUCCCAGGGACAAGAGUUCCAUGUGUCAGCGGGCACGCUGGCCUUUUCCGUCACGCUUUUCACCAUCUUUGCUUUUGUCUGCAUCAGUGUCCUGCUGUACCGGAGACGGCCUCACCUCGGAGGGGAACUAGGAGGCCCCAAGGGGUGCAGACUUGCCACAACUUUGCUCUUUGUGAGCCUGUGGCUCCUGUACAUUCUUUUUGCCACGCUGGAGGCCUAUUGUUAUAUCAAAGGGUUCUAAGCCGUGGAGAGAUGAUGAAGUCGGGGGGGAGGGAUCCCCCUCCUCUGUUACCUCAUUGGACACCAGUCCUCCAAGUGUUGUUAAACCAGAAGUGACAGCUGUCUGAUUCCACAGUUGCCCAGACAGGAGGACAACUGAGCUGCAAGAAGGGCAAAAUUAUCAUGAAACAAAAACAAGUUAAAAAAUACAAAAUAAAUUUAAGGUAUUUAAAUAAAUCAAACAAAAUAAACCCAGUCACUGACCCCAGUCAGUGAUAUUGAGAAUCUUCAGCCACCUUCAAAGAUCACAUUUUCUUUAUUUUAUUGUUUCUUUUUUCUCUCCUCCAUUAUGAAAUGGUAUCAUGUAUUUCUAAAUAGGUUGAGAAUUACAGAAAUAAGUUGGAUCAAGGUUUUGCGGGGGAGGGGAGGAAACGUUGCUUUAAGUUUUUUUUCUUCCUUUAAAUAGACAAAAAAAUGUUAAAAAUCAAAACCAAAAGCUUCAAGCUGCCAUCAGUGCUGGAGUUGAACCAUGCAUUUUUUGGAAGCCACAAAAACAAUGUCAUAGUCAAAUGACUCGCUGUUAUCUGUUUCUCCCUUUCAUUUCUUUAAGUAUAUCAUGAGACUGAUGUAUUUCAAAUGCAAAUACAAACACACACGCAGGAAAAUACAAUGAUGAAGGCUGGAGCAUGGAGCAACCCACGCACCAGCCUGGGAUUUACAAAAAAAAAAAAAAAGACCUCUCACAUAAUAUGUAUCCUGUAUAUUUGGAGUAUGGCAUCUCUCUUUGUGUAAAAAAACUUAAAACCUGUGGUACUGCAGGGAGAGGAAAAUACGUUCAUUUAGAAAAGGUGAAGAAAUGAACAGAUACACAGACACAGCCUGCAAUGUGGGAAAAAGGGAGCUAGGGAAACCAGGGCACAUCCCUUAGGAUCAUAAUGGUAUUGUGUUUGAUUUGUGGGAGAGCAGCAGGGUGUUCCUUUUUGCUUUAAAGUGAAGGUGAAUUCAUGUAAAUAAUUUGCGGUUCUCACAUUUUGGUGCAUACGAGAAGCUUUGAGGCAUAACAUGCCACUCAAAGGUUUCUAAGCAUCAUCUUAAAGGGUUUACUUUGUCCUUAAAAACACACAUGUUUACCAAAGGGAAAAGGAUCAUGAUGCCUCUUCAUAACUCCUCUCUUGGCAUCAGGGCCAGUUGAUUUCUUUACAUCUUUAAGGCCAAAUAUGUCCUAAUGGAUGAUGACCCACAUCUGGUUACUGUAACUCACUGGGAUCGGAUAUGCUGAGCAAAGAUGACACCAGUCUCUUUUUCGGGGGGAAAACCAAAACCAAAUCAAAACCAUAUGACAGUAUUUUUCCAGUGCAAGGGUCAUUUCCCAUUUUGAUUUGUAUCAUGUCUGCCAAUUUGCUCCUUUAACACCCUGUUGUUACAAGGAUCAGUGCUCCACUCGUGGUCUUUGCUAGGUUGAGAGGUACAGUAUGGUCUUAAAAACUGCCUCAGAUCUUAGGACUUCUGUGUCAUCUUAAGUACAUUCUAGAAAAGCACCCUUUUAAUUUUAAGUGCAUUUUUUAAAGAAAAAAUAAAAAGGGGGAAUACAAGCAAGAUCUCAUAUCAUGAAUUACAUCAACAGCUGCGAAUUGAAAUGUUGGGUUGGUAAAAGAAAAAAAAAAAGCUAUACUUAUAUCUAUAUAAACAUAUUAUCUAUAUACAUAUUUCUUAAGUGCAAGAACUGGAAGAGGGCAUUGCAGCUUCAUUCUUUUUAAAGUGUUUUUAAGAUGAAGAUGUUUUCUUCUGUCAAAAACUUAGGUACUGUAAAGGGAAAUGUCUUCUUCGUAAAUUUCACACUCAUUAAACAAACCUGGAGCAUUAGAGAGUAAACCAGGCAAUGGAAAGAGGUCCUUCUCUACCUGUCUUUUCAUAAGAAUGAGCCAAUGCGCUGAUAAUGCCUUAAAGGCCGGGCAAAAGCACACAGAGGGAAAAUAGAGAUGGGACUGAGAAUUGUGUUGUUUUGUUAUGGAAAAGAAGAUGCAAAAUGAUCUCAGAUGUACGGAAGAGCGUGAAAAUUAUCCUUAAUUGACAAAUGAAAUAUUUAUUUUCGUACAGAUGUGUCUCAAGUAUAUAUAUAAAAAGUGUGAGAGGGGAAGGAAAGAUUCUUCUCUCUGAUAUGAUAUGAGCAGUGGGCGCUUUGUCUGUUGAAACUAGCGGUGGGUGAACAAUAAAAGGUGUGAAUCCAAUAAGCACCCAAGUUUUCUGAAUGCUUAUCCUCACUUUAUCAGAGCUUUUUGGGUCUGCAACAUCAGGCAAGAAAACUUACGAGAACAGGUUGUCUACGGAGAUUUUCAGUAUAUCUUGCUUCCAGAGUGCCAAGAAAUACAAGAUCAGCUUUUGUUAACUUAUUUCAACAUUGCAACUCUCAUCCUGGCUGUGACUCAGCAAGCAGAAGGGCAAGAAAUUGAAAACACAAAGGUUUGGAAAAAAAACUUGGUUUGAAUUUGGGGCAGAGGUUCAGACGGGUUCUUAUUUUAUCCAGACCGGUUCUCCCAUUCCUAGUUGAAACCUGGCUUGGGUAUUUGAAAUGCUGUUAUGUUGCUUGUGCUGUAUCAAACACAUGCUUUUCAUCUGCUUCUUUAUUCAGAUCACUUUGUCGGGGGGGUGAGGGAGGGUUAGCGGGAGGAGGGAGGACUAUGCUAGUGCCAAUCUCAUAGUUACUUUGCUGCCCUUACAUACACUGAGAAAAACUGCUCCAGGCCAAUAACAUCUGUGGAGUGUUUCUUUCUUUUAUUU